UCAUACUCAACAGGGUCAACUUGUCUAAAAACGAGUUAGGCCUGACGUAUGAUUCCUGUGCUCAAUACAAUCCCAGCGAUCUUACAGGUUUUGGAAAGGUUUUUUUUGAACAUAUAAAACUGUUUUGUAAAAAAAAUUCUUAGUCCUGUAUUGGACAAUUCUCCCGGAAAAGCGCGCGGCACACCCAGAGCAGGAGAAGGAGAAAUCUCAGACGUCACUUUCACUCGUGUUCAGCAGAGGGUAUAUGUUCACGAAGUUCAGGUGUUUGUUGGUUCAGUGCAUUUGGGUGAUGAAUGUUAUAUAAACAGCAGAUAUACCGCUGGGGCUGGAGAUUUUUUUAAACUGAUAUAUGGAGCUGUCCCAGUGCUUAAAGAUGUCAGACAUGAACCGCAUGAGGUCUUUCCUGCCUCAUGUGAUCUGUUGCCUUCCAGUGUGUUAAUGUUCAGGCUGUCAAUGCUGCCCAGCGAUCUCAGUCAUGUGAGUUGCGUGGUGAGCUGGGGUGUGUUCCCUGUCUGUGACUGCUCCCUUAAUCUCCUCAAUGGGAAGUUCAAAACCCCUCUGCUGCGCGGUGGGCCGGACCCAUCUCUCAAUCAGUUCAGCAAAAUAGAACAACUGCUUUCCACUGAUCUGGACAACUGGCUGUGCAACCUUUACUUCCAGGUAAAGAGACUCCCACGGGGCAGCACCGGGGUGCCAGAGCAGAGCUUCACCCUGCAGGUCCCUCCUAACCCCCAGCAGAGCUCCAGCCAGGGGCUUCCACCUCACUCAUCCACACUCUCCUCUGCCUCCGUGCCAGGUAAGAGCACCACUGGAGCUGAGUCAGCCCUGGAGCCCAGGGACCAGACAAACCGCCUCGACGCUACUAAAACCAAAACUGACAAUCCCAGCAAGAAUGGCAGACAGAAGAAGACGAUGGGGAGAAACAGUGAAAUCCUCGCUGAAGAUCAACUGGAUCAAUUUUCUUUCUCUGUGCGAUCUCAGCACCACAGUCAGCAACGCUCUGUCACACUUUGCUGUGGCACAGCAGAGAGGAUGCGUCUGAUGCGGCGUCUCCUCCCAUCACUGCUCGAUCUGUCCUGGCAUGCUCGAAUGUCCAAGACCAGCCUGAACCUAGCACUGUUCACCAUCAUGUGGUUCCCACGGUUGUACCUGCAUUACUGCGGCCAAUGGCUCUACCUGCAGACCAAACACAUCCCCAUCAACAGGUUCGGGUUGGGUGCGCACACGGUGGAUCUGGUCUAUCAGGGCUCGCUGCUGUCUACCCUGGAGGAGGUUCUGCUGGUGCUGCUGGGCCCCUUGACCUUGAGUGGAGUUGUGCUGCUGCUGCUUCUGAUCAGAUGGGGCUGUCAGCUAGCGUUUGGCUCACCGCCCUCCUUCCUGUCAAAGUUUAUCAUGGCUGCCGCGGUGUGGACAGCGCUGGACCCUCUGGCAGUCUUCGCUGUGGAUGCCGUCCUGGGGCGUCUGUCCUACAGCGCAGAUUAUCCGUUGGCAGAUGCUGCCAAACUCUACUGGCAUUUCUACCGAACUGAGCAGUCGGGCACAGCGGGCAUCAUCAUCACCCUCUUUCUCUAUGGUGUCCAUUUUGUCCUGUCUGUCACCAUUCUUUACAUAUAUAUCCUCAGGCUCCACAAUGACGGCAGACUGUUAGAUAUCUACCAUCGCCUCCACAGUGCUGAGGGAGCGUUCUUCAUUCCACAUGACAUGGAAGUCUCCAACCAGCAGCUCAAUUACAUUGUAAAGAAGGCAGAACAAUGGAGAGGCUUCAACGGUGAGAGACGCAAGGUGGCAGUGUAUGAUUACAUCUGGACUGAGGAGGAGCCAGAUGCAAGACUGGCACAGCCUGUAAAAGGGUGCGAGACCAGCACCCAUCUGUCCAUAUACAAUCUUCACCUGAACGGCCUGCGCCAACAUUACAGACACUUCCUUCGACAGCCAGAUGGAUCAAUUAUAGAGGUGAUGGAGAAAUGUGAUAGUCCAGCUUUUCAGAGGUCAGAGGUGCAUGUAGAACAUGAAAAUAUGAAAAAUGUGACACAUCUCCGAGAGAGAAAGAGAAGGAGAGCUGUUUGGCGAUCACACAGAGUUGAGCCUCUUGGAGUAAGUGUCUGUGACUCUACAGAGCCAGGCUAAAAACGUCAGAUGUCUACAAGAAACAUUUGUAUGGACAGUCAAUUAAUACUAAAACACUUAUUACUUAACAAAAGAC